AGUGUGGUGAUGCACAAUCUUGCAAAACUGUUUUUCUAUUGUCUCAACGACGAGGUUGUUUCAAAUAUAAACCGGCAUUUUUGAAUAAACGCUGUACGCAGUGUGGCUGUACUGGAAGUUAGACUGGUCUUAUAUAGAUAUCUAGAAUAUCCAAUAUUUUACAUGGUCCUUCGAGCCGGAUUGUUCGAGGAGAAGUUGUGAUUUUGAUACGUAUCGCAAAGGUCAAAACAAGGUCGCUUAGAAACUACGAAAUUUGGAAUAUGAUCAGACUGUUUUCCUCGUCAAUAGCACUUCAAUUUUUUAGAAAAAACCUCACAUGCAAAGCAGAAUGAAUUUUCACAAAAUUUCGAAAGAGGACCACGAUUUUGACCUAUGAGUCUCCUCAAUAUAUUUUCUAGUCUAAAUUGAAGCCCAUUAUAGUGACGAUUUCCUCAAAUAAAAACCAUUUUGUGGGUAUUAUUUUGAAGACAAUGAUACAAACAAGUCAUUUUCAAAAUUAUAUUUUACCAUAUAUAAAUGUAUUUAUAUAAGUAAGACGCAAUAAUUAUUAUUGAUGGCGAAAUUAACAUAGAUUUUAACCCUUAUUACAAUACAAUAGUUUAUUGUUCCCACACGAAUGCCUAAAAUUAAUAUCAUUUUCUUACUUUGUUUUAUUUGAGUGUUAUCGAAAAUGGCUGCGAAUCUAGAACUAAGUGAAAUCCAACAUUUUUAUAAAAACAGCACGUUUUUAUUAACGGGCACAACUGGAUUUGUAGGAAAGUUGAUUUUGGAAAAAAUAUUAAGAACUUUGCACCCCCAACGUAUCUACGUUUUGAUAAGAGAUAAAGAUGGAAAAAGUGCCGAAGAACGUUGUGCCGAAAUGUUUGAUUCAUUGGCGUUUGAACCUCUUAAAAGGAGCGAUGCAGAUUUUUUUAAAAAGGUGACUUUGAUUCGAGGCGAUUUACAAGAACCAGAUUUAGGUUUAUCGGUAGCUGAUAAACAGCUAAUAAUAAACGAAGUAAAAUGUUUUUUCCAUUGCGCAGCUGCUUCUAAGCUUUCUGAAAGUUUAAAAAAUGCCACGUCUGUUAAUGUAAGAGGAACUAUUGCACUGUUAAAUAUUGCCAAAGAAAUAAAAAAUAUCAAGACGUUCGUAUAUCUUUCAUCCAUUUAUUCAAAUUUUCCAAAAUUUGAAGUACACGAAGAGUUCUAUGAACCAGCGAUCGCAGCAGAGGAUUUGCUAAAAAGUUUGGAAAACGUCAAUGAAGAUGGCGCUAAGUCAAUGCAGCAACAAUUACAAGGAGAUUGGCCAAAUGCUUAUACAUUUACUUUGAGUGUUGUGGAAGAUUACAUAAAAAGGAAAUCAAAAGGAUUACCAGUUACGAUUGUUAGACCCUCUUUACUUUUACCAUCUGAAUCAGAACCAAUAACCGGUUUUGUUGAUAAUAUUAACGGACUCUAUGGAGACACAGUAACUUAUGCUUUAGGUGUUAACAAGGUUAAUUAUUAUAAUAGUGGAAUUCUAGAUGUUAUACCAGCUGAUUAUGUAGUUAAUCUUUCUAUCGCAUCUGGAUGGUACGCUGGAUUACAAAAGCUAAGGCUACAAAGAGGUGACGUCAGUACCGUUGAUGCUAAUAUAUAUCAUUGUAUAACCUCACAAGAAAAACCUAUCACAACUGAUGACUGGUUUGAAGUAAUACAUACGGUAACAAGAGAAGUUCCAUCUGUAAAAAUGAUCCAAUUGCCGAUACAAUUUAAUACGUCAUCUUAUUACGUUUAUAAAUUUUUGACGUUCUUUUUGCACGUGUGCAUGGCUUUUCUAUGUGAUUUAGGAUUAAAAUUAGCAGGAAAAAAACAAUCAAUAAUGAGCAUGUACGACAAAAUUCAUCAAACACAAGAACUUUUUAGUCCUUAUUUAUUGAAACAAUGGUAUUUUUCUAAUGAUAAUACACAAAAAUUACUCAAACGACUCUCCUUCAAAGAUAGAUCUCUCUUCAAUUUCGACAUAUUCAAUUUGAACUGGGAGGCUUAUUUUGAUAGUUAUUCUAAAGGCAUUAGAGUUUAUUUGCUCAAGGAUCCCAUGUCAACUUUAACAGAAGGGAAAGAGAAGCAGAAAAAGAAGCUGAUAAGUCAAAUUCUUUCCGCUUCGAUAUUAACAAUUAUUUUAUAUGUAAUUAGUAAAUUUAUCUUAUUCAGAGUUUUGUUGAAAUAAGUUACAAAUAGGAAAUAAACAUUUGCUCACAAUA